UGAAUACUCUGAAAUCCUGGUAUGCAGAGUAUACAUAUACAUACGAAUAUGAAUACAUAAAGAAGCUGUAGGUGACACAACGAGUUCAUACCAACGGUAAAUGUUGUUUUUGUACGAUUGAUACAACCUGUAGUUGUUGAAUCAUGGCCUAGUGUGCUAAAAACACUGCCCAGGAUGUACUUUCAUAUUGUGCCAAGUGUGCUACUGUGAUAUAAUUUAAUCGAAAAGUGCGCCUGUGCGUGCGUCACAUUGACGAGUGUCAGCACAGUAGCACAGCACUGUGCUGUGUUACACAUCUCUAAUGAGUUGUCAAUUUAGAAAAAUCUUUAACGAUGACUGACACGGGAAAAAGGUUAUUUUCAUAAUUUUUCAUAAAUGAAUUAUUAUUACUUUUUUUGUUUAAUUAUAGCAAGAGAAAAGUAUGAACGAGGGCGGAGACGCUCCUUUUCCUUAAUGCUAUGGGGAAAGGAAGGAAGAAUUUCUUCAUGCACGUAAAAAAAAAAAAUACGCAUAUCAAAAUGUUUUGGAAGAUAUGAUUUUCCAAGGUUUUGUGGAUACAACGGUUACCACAGACGCACUUUUUGCGAAAAUGCGUACGCUUUUAAAAGCCUACAAGUCUGCCAAAGACAAUGAAAGGCAAACAGGAACUGCUCCUCGCACUAUACCAUAUAUGACAGAAAUGGACGAAAUUUUUGGUGAGAGUUGUUUGGUUGUAAAUGAUCAUACCAUUAACAUAGGAACAGAUCCUCAGGAGGCAUUAAUAGAAACAUGUACCAUCGAGCUGUUAAGAGACUCAACUAGGGUUUCGCCAAUCCCUGAACCGAGCAGCUCAAGUCAGUUUCAAGAACUGAGUACCUCCACGCAAUCGCUGAACACACCAACGCGAAGCCACAAUUUACAGCCGAGUAUGCCCGCUGCGAACACACGUGUUAGAAAAACGGCCAGGGAUCGUUACUUUGAAAAUAAACUUGAGCUGAAGAGAAGAAGCUGUGAGGAGAAAGAAAAAUUCCAUGCAGAUAUUCAGCGUAUGUUGCAAAAUUUAGAGAAGAAGCGUGAUUUGCAGCUAGAGUUGGAGGAAAAAAACUUAAAAUAGAGGAGGAAAAGUUAAAACUCCUACAACAAUGCUGCGGAGAUGAUUAGAAAAGAAAAAGUUUAAAUAUUAAAACAGACAAAAAAGUAAAAAAAAAAUUAA